AUGAUGAUGAGGCGCUCCUGCUCCUGCUCCAAUCCGCUCCGCCGUCUGCUCCUUCUGGCGGCGCUGGUUGUUGGAGUGACCUUCUUCCUGCUUGCCAACUCACGACACGACCACCUGCACACCACUUCCACUUAUCUGUCCGAUCACGGUCUUCCCCACCUGCCAUGGAACACCGAGCACACAGGAGCCAACUCCGGCGAGCAGAAUCAGGAGGCCCCUACGAUUGAAAUCCCCGAGCCUGACCGAGAAUGGGACCAGCCUCCGCAAGAGAACACCUACUUCAGCCCCGACUAUCACACCGAUGAGCCUCCUGAUACAUACCCCAUUCCGGAACAGCCUCAUACUACAUUCGUCUUACCCCCGCAACCACUGACUUACGAAGAGACUCAAGCCAGGAUCAAAGAAUGGGUCGAGACCCGGCCUGUCCCCGAAGACAAGGAGCACUGGCCCCCUUACGAUGGCUACCGUGAGCAAGACUACGAUCCCAACAUCUGGGAGAGCUUCCCAUGGAACACCGACUUCUACACUCACCCGGGAAUCGAUCAGGUUGACCAGGUGAACAGCACAUCGGUAUACGGCCGCUACCCGCACUACAACUCCAAAGCGUGGUCCAGGAAAUUCCGCGGCACCUUCCGUCCCUGCCAAGGUGCGAGAGGCAAAGUGCUCAAUGCAAGUGACGAGGAUCUGAUCAAGCCAUUCGGCAUCCUGCCAAGCGGCUUCCCGAAUCCUGUCAUCGGCGAUCCGAGUGUCACCGGCAUCUCAUUCAACCAUUGCAUUGAUCGAUACCAUCGCUAUGGCCCUUACGGAUUUGCUCAUGGUGAUCGGGACGACGUGCAGGACUGGCAGAGGCCGCUCAGCAUGCCAGACUGGACUACCGUAGAUUGGAAAUCACUACAAGACCAAUGUCUUCGCGAUAAUAGCGACCGAUACCUGCCAACAGCUCGAGAGCCGGCCGACCUGAGUCCCGGGCGGGAUGAUCUACCAAAAGCACAGGACUUUGUCCCUCCACAGCAAGUACCGAAUUCAAGGUAUCACCGUCGCACCGCGGUGCUCGUGCGUCUCGGAGAAGGGUAUAAAUACACUGAGGACGACCUGGAGAAUGUUCGGGCUUUAAUUACGGAGCUUUCGCUUCUGAGCGGUGCGGAAUAUCAGGUUUUCAUAUUGUUUGAAGUGAAAGACGAUAAUCUGGUGAGCACAUCAAAAGCGGUCUCCGCCUUACCUGGCAUCAGGGGUGUCGGCAGCCACCCUAUAGAGAUCCCAAGCUGACAACCAACAGGACGUAUUUGAAAACAAACAACUGUACAGAGACGUCCUGAACGCAGUUCCACGAGAAUUGAGGAGCAUUACCUUACUCUACAGUGAGAAGCUGCUACAGCGAAUGUAUCCCUACGUCGGUCACUACGACACCUUUUGGCACCCGUACAUGCCUGUCCAGUGGUUCAGCCUCAAGUACCCCGAAUUCGAUCAUGUCUGGAAUUGGUAUCCGGACGUCAGAUACACCGGGAACUACUACGAGUUCCUCGCCGGAAUUUCGGCAUUCGCUAAAAAUGCUCCGCGAAAGUACCUAUGGGAACGCAACCAGCGAUUUCACAUUCAUGCGAUCCAUGGCUCUUAUCGAGAAUUCUUCAACUCUACUAACCAUAUGGUGGAGCAGGCGUCGGGUGCUAGCAAACUGAAGCCAGUCUGGGGUCCACGGCAAGGGAGUCACAAGACUCCCCUAUACGUCGAUACAAAGCCUCCUCGACCCCUGGAGACAGACAACUUCGAGUGGGGAGUUGGCGAAGACGCAGAUCUCCUCACGCUGCAGCCCAUCUGGGACCCUAGGGGGGUGGACUGGGCGUUCAAGGACAAGAUCUGGAAUUUCUUGCCAGGAAUCACACCGGCUUUCACGGAUGGCGAUCCUAUGGCUGUCAACUUUCGCCAUUCCGCAUUUGCGAAGCUUCCUCGUCGUACCAGUAUUGGCACCCAUGUGAGGCUGAGCCGAAGACAACUACAUAUCAUGCAUCUGGAGAAUCUGGCCGGGCGGACGAUGGCGGCAGAGAUGUGGCCUGCGACUGUUGCGCUGCGUCAUGGUCUGAAAGCAGUCUAUGCGCCACAUCCUGUUUGGACGGACCGAGAGUGGCCGGAGUGGUAUCUUGACGCCGUUGUGAAUGCGGAUCGCGGCGAAGACGCUCAAUGGGGCCAGAAGAGCGACAGUAUCUGGACGUACGACCGUUCACGCAACCUCAUCGGUAAUUCGUUCUUUGUGGAAGCGCAGUUCCCAAAGACACUCUACCGGCGGUGGAUGGGCCUCAGACGGAUUGACGCCAGCCCGCUGGCGGAGAUAGGCGGGAAGCCAUGGGAGGAAUAUGGCAUGCUAGUUCAAUUGCCCAAUCCAGAAGGCUGGGAAGAAGAGGUACUAGUGGGAGGCAACGGAAGAAUUUGUCUUCCACCAAUGCUGCUGCAGCCAGUGAAGGAUGUGUACGACGAGGCGCCAGUAGUGGGACCGAAUGUUUCGCACACGUCUGAGGAUGCAGGGGCCGUUGAAGGCCAUGAGGAGGAGCCUGUGGAAGAGGCACCGCUCUCUGUUGCUCAAAACGAUUCAUUGGGAUGA